UGGCAGUGCGGGGGCACGGCGAGCGCAGCCCGGGUGGGGACCUUGGGGUGACAGCGCAACUUUGGGGCGCCGAGAGCUGGCGGGGGGGCGGCGAUUGCUCUGCGGGGGACGCGCCUCGCUCCUUCCCUGUCGCCUUCCCUCCGGAAGAACAUCCUGGGCCGGAAAAAUCCAUCGGGAUAACGCACCUGGCUCGGGAUGCGGCGCCGGGAAGCGGCGGGGCCCGGCGGCCAGCGCUGAGGAUCCCUCUGCACGUGCCACCACCCCAGGGACACCCCAAAGUCACCCCAAGGUCCUGAGACCACACAGGGAAGCUCCAAGAUGAUCCUGAGGAGAGCCCAGGUCACCUGUGCCAGAAUUGCCUUUGCCCUCUGCCUCCAGCACCUCGUCAGCGCCAUCGAGGUGCCCCUGGACCCAAAUAUCCAGAGUGAAUUGCCGCAGCCCCCCACGAUCACCAAGCAAUCCAUCAAGGAUUACAUCGUGGAUCCCAGGGAUAACAUCUUCAUCGAAUGCGAAGCCAAAGGCAACCCCGUUCCCAUCUUCUCCUGGACACGGAACGGGAAGUUCUUCAACGUGGCCAAGGAUCCCAAGGUGUCCAUGAGGAGGAGAUCGGGGACUUUGGUCAUCGAUUUCCACAGCGGGGGCCGGCCCGACGACUACGAGGGCGAGUACCAGUGCUUCGCCAGGAACGACUACGGGACGGCCCUUUCCAGCAAAAUCCACCUCCAGGUUUCCAAAUCUCCGCUGUGGCCCAAGGAGAAGGUGGAUGUGAUUGAGGUGGAUGAGGGGGCCCCGCUGAGCCUGCAGUGCAAUCCCCCACCCGGCCUCCCUGAGCCCGUCAUCUUCUGGAUGAGCAGCUCCAUGGAGCCCAUCCCGCAGGACAAGCGCGUGUCCCAGGGCCACAACGGGGACCUUUACUUCUCCAACGUGCUGGCGCAGGACGCGCUGACCGACUACAGCUGCAACGCCCGCUUCCACUUCACCCACACCAUCCAGCAGAAGAACCCCUACACCCUCAAGGUCAAAACCAAGAAGUCCCAUAACGAAACGUCUUUAGGAAAUUCCCCCGCCAUGUACCGCGCCCGAGGGAUCUCGGAAACCACUCCCAGCUUCAUGUAUCCCUACGGAACUUCCAGCAGCCAGAUGGUGCUCCGAGGGGUGGAUCUCCUGCUGGAAUGCAUCGCCUCCGGAGUACCAGCACCAGACAUCAUGUGGUACAAGAAAGGCGGGGAGCUCCCGGUGGGUAAAACCAAGAUGGAGAACUUCAACAAGGCCCUGCGCAUCUCCAACGUGUCCGAGGAGGACUCCGGGGAAUAUUUCUGCCUGGCCUCCAACAAGAUGGGCAGCAUCCGCCACACGAUCUCGGUGAGAGUGAAGGCUGCUCCCUACUGGCUGGAUGAGCCAGAGAACCUGAUCCUGGCCCCCGGCGAGGACGGCAGGCUGGUGUGCCGCGCCAACGGCAACCCCAAACCGUCCAUCCAGUGGCUGGUGAAUGGAGAGCCCAUCGAAUCGUCUCCCCCCAACCCGAGCCGGGAGGUGGCCGGGGACACCAUCGUGUUCCGGGACACGCAGAUCGGCAGCAGCGCCGUGUACCAGUGCAACGCGUCCAACGAGCACGGCUACCUGCUGGCCAACGCCUUCGUCAGCGUGCUGGAUGUUCCUCCCCGGAUCCUGGGCCCCCGGAACCAGCUGAUCAGGGUGAUCCAGAACAACAGGACGCGCCUGGAUUGUCCCUUUUUUGGGUCCCCCAUCCCCACCCUGCGCUGGUUUAAGAAUGGCCAGGGGAACACGCUGGAUGGAGGCAACUACAAAGCCCACGAGAACGGGAGCUUGGAGAUGUUCAUGGCUCGGAAGGAGGACCAGGGAAUCUACACCUGCGUGGCCACCAACAUCCUGGGGAAAGCUGAGGCCCAGGUCCGCCUGGAGGUCAAAGACCCCACCAGGAUCGUGAGGGGCCCCGAGGACCAGGUGGUCAAGAGGGGCACCAUGCCCCGGCUCCACUGCCGCGUCAAGCACGACCCCACGCUGCGGCUCAUGGUCACCUGGCUCAAGGACGAUGCCCCCCUGUACAUGGGGAACAGGAUGAAGAAGGAAGAGGAUGGUCUGACGAUCUAUGGCGUGACUGAGAAGGACCAGGGUGAUUACACGUGUGUGGCCAGCACGGAGCUGGACAAGGACUUGGCCAAGGCCUAUCUCACCGUGCUGGCCAUCCCUGCUAAUCGGUUGAAAGAUUUACCCAAAGCACGACCUGACCAGCCCCGGGACUUGGAGCUGACGGAUCUGGCCGAGAGGAGCGUGCGGCUGACGUGGAUCCCUGGCGACGACAACAACAGCCCCAUCACAGACUACAUUGUCCAGUUCGAGGAGGACCGCUUCCAGCCGGGAGUGUGGCAUGACCACUCCAGGUAUCCCGGGAGCGUCAACUCGGCCGUGCUGAGCCUGUCCCCGUACGUGAAUUACCAAUUCCGGGUGAUCGCCGUCAACGACGUGGGCAGCAGCGUGCCCAGCGAGUCCUCCGAGCGCUACCAGACCAACGGGGCACGUCCUGAAAUAAAUCCAACAGGAGUUCAAGGGGCAGGGACCCAAAAAAACAACAUGGAGAUAACAUGGAUCCCUCUGAAUGCAACUCAGGCUUACGGGCCCAACCUCAGGUACAUCGUGAGGUGGCGGCGGCGGGACCCCCGCGGCAGCUGGCACAACGAGACCGUGCGGAGCGCGCGGCACGUGGUGUGGAACACGCCCAUCUUCGUCCCCUACGAGAUCAAGGUGCAGGCCGAGAACGACUUCGGCAGAGCCCCGGAGCCCGACACCUACAUCGGAUACUCCGGGGAGGAUUAUCCCAAGGCUGCGCCCACGGAUAUCAGGAUCAGAGUGUUAAACAGCACUGCCAUAGCUCUGACCUGGACCCGGGUGCACCUGGACACCAUCCAGGGACAGCUCAAGGAGUACCGAGCCUAUUUCUGGAGAGACAGCAGCUUGCUGAAGAACCUGUGGGUCUCCAAAAAACGGCAGUUUGUGAGUUUUCCUGGAGACCGCAACCGGGGCAUCGUGUCCCGGCUGUUCCCUUACAGCAACUACAAGCUGGAGAUGGUGGUCACCAACGGCCGAGGGGACGGGCCCCGCAGCGAAAUGAAGGAAUUUCCCACCCCUGAAGGAGUGCCCAGCUCCCCCAGGUACCUGCGGAUCCGACAGCCCAACCUGGAAAUCAUCAACCUGGAGUGGGAUCACCCCGAGCAUCCCAACGGGAUCAUCACGGGAUACACGCUCCAAUACCAGCCCUUUAACGGGUCCCGGAUGGGGAGGACGGUGGUGGAGAACCUGUCCCCCAACCAGACGAGGUUCACCCUGCAGAGGUCAGACCCCAUCUCCCGCUACCGCUUCAAGCUCCGCGCCCGCACCCAGGUGGGAGAGGGAGAGAUCCUGACAGAGGACUCGCCGGCGCUGCUGGAUGAAGCCACGCCAAGCCCAGAGGCAACUGGGCCGCCUCCAACCGCAGUGGAGGAAACCAGUCCUGAAACCAGUCCUGAAACCAGUCCUGAAACCACUCCUGAAACCAGUCCUACAAUCAGUCCUACAGUCAGUCCUACAACCACCCCAACCACCACCGACACCACAACCACAACAACCACAACAACCACCACCACAAGCACCACCAGCACCGCCGCCAGCACCGCCGCCAGCACCAGCGCCGCUGCCGAGAGGGCUCCGGCAGCCACCACCAGGCACGAGUUGGCCGCCAAUGGAUCGUCCAUAUGGGACAUCAGAGCCAUGGCAAACAGUAACUGGGCAAACAUCACCUGGAGCCACAAUUUCUCGGCAGGAACUGACUUUGUGGUUAAGUAUAUCACCAGUAACAAGACAGAGAAAUCAAUCCCCGUUAAGGCUCAGGGCCCGUCCUCGGUGCAGCUGGCGGAUCUGACGCCGGGGAUGAUGUACAAGCUGUGGGUGUUCCCCAUAUGGUCCCACCCCAGCGAGCACUCGUACAUUACCUUUACCACCAGCUCAGCCUACACCAAGAACCAGGUGGACAUCGCCACGCAGGGCUGGUUCAUCGGCCUCAUGUGCGCCAUCGCCCUCCUGGUGCUCAUCCUCCUCAUCGUCUGCUUCAUCAAGAGGAGCCGCGGCGGGAAGUAUCCAGUGCGGGACAACAAGGACGAGCACCUCAAUCCCGAGGACAAGAACGUGGAGGACGGAUCCUUCGACUACAGCGAUGAAGACAACAAACCUCUUCCCAACAGCCAGACCUCGCUGGACGGGACGAUAAAGCAGCAGGAGAGCGACGACAGCUUGGUGGACUACGGAGAAGGGGGCGAGGGCCAGUUCAACGAGGACGGCUCCUUCAUCGGCCAGUACACAGUCAAGAAGGACAAAGAGGAGACCGAGGGCAACGAGAGCUCCGAGGCCACGUCCCCUGUCAAUGCCAUUUAUUCCCUGGCAUAGCAAAAGUGCCGGGAAAAGCACCCACAGCCCGAGGGGUUCGGAGCGGCCGGGGGUUCCGCCGGCAGCCGCCGCCGCCGCUGCCUCCGACAGGAAAAGGAAUCGAGCGAGGACUGAAAAACAAAAAAAAAAAAAAUAGAGAAAAAAAAUUAAAAUAGCAAAAAAAUACAAAAAAAAAAAGGGAAAAAAAAAUAUUCCAAGCAACGAGGCAGCCCAGGCGGCCGCCAAUGCCAUUUAUCCUUAGCAAACGAGCCAACGGCAAAGGACGCGCGGGGUGGGAGCCGGAGCGGGAGUCGGGGCUGAGCUGGAGCGGGUGGAGGGGAGGAGUUGCUCGAGCUGCUCGCCAGUUUGGGCUGCUCCCCAGUUUGGGGGUUUCCCCCCAUUUUGGGGCUGCUCCCCAGUUUUGGGGCUACUCCCCAGUUUGGGGCUGCCUCAGGACCAGUCUGGAGGGGGCCCAUGUUUGGCUCGGCUCCCCGAGGCUUUUUUUUGUUCUUUUAGGAAGGAGCUCCAACAUUUUGGGUUUAAUUUUAUCAGGAAGGUUCUGGAUCAGAGGGGAAAGGGGAAAGAAAUCAAAGAAUUUUGGGGAGGGAAGAGGGGUGACAGGGGCCUGGGCAGAGCAAAGGCAUGGAAGGAGGGAAGGGGUGGAUUUUGGGGUGAAAACACCGGAUUACUCAGCCGUCCAUCCUCACGGCAGCACCUUGCCCAUAACCUCUCCCAACAAAUCCUCCUUCCUGAAAAACCUAUGCAGGGAAGAGCAGGUCCCCACCACCUCCCUCAGCACCGGGAUUUGUCCUUGCUGAGGCUGGGAAAACCCACAGGGAGCUCAUCCCCCAUUCCCACUGAGCUCCGGUGCAUCCCAGGAGGAGAAGAUGUUGUGGAGGAACUUUUGGGAUGUGUGGAAGGACAGGGAAGAGCCUCUCCCCUGCCAAGCCCGGGGUAACAGCACUGCAGAAGAGCGUUUUUGGGUUUAAAUUUGCUUUAUAGGGAUUUUGGGGGGCAGACACUCCCCAACCCACACCUGCUUUCUUUCCAAGGCAACUCCAUAAAUCCAAUGUAGCAAAGAGGGCCUGGAAGAAGGAGUGGGAUCAGAAUAGGAUGAGAAGACCAAAA